AUAUUUUAUUUGGCACAAUUUACUAAACAGCGCAACUCUCUAUUCAGGACUUCACCAUUCUACUAGAAAUUAUCUAAUCGGACCAGCGUCGGAGUAUUUUGGUCGGAGCAUUUAUGCCACCGGCGAAGAAACUGAGAAACGUCCGACCCGAAAAAUUGAUUUCUAAAGGAACCCUAGCAUAGCUACGAAGGGUUUUGGGGUUUUAGGGUUCCAUUUCAUGCUUUUACGAAUGGAUAUCGACACUAAUAUUUCCCAUUGGAUUCUCGAAUUCAUCCUCCGGCAACCGCUCGACGACGGCAUUCUCAACGCUCUCAUUAACGUUCUUCCACUCCCAAACGACAGUUCUAAUCUCAAAAAGGCGCUGCUCAUCAGAAAAAUCGAAUCUGAGAUUUCUAACGUUUCGGUUACCGAGAAAAUCCUCGAAUUUCUCGAAUUAAUUGAGGAAUUAAAUCAUCAAGAGGGGAUUGAAGCUUCAGAGGUUAUGAAAGCUGCGUAUUGUGCGGUGGCAGUUGAGUGCACGGUGAAGUUUUUGAAUAGUGAAGGGGCAGGAGGUGACAAAGGUAAGUAUUUUGAAGCAGUAAGGAGGAUAUGGAAACGCAGAAUCAAUUUAAUGGAGAAAAUGGAGAAUGUAGGGUUUGUGUCAGAAGAGUUAUGGAAUUGGAGGGAUGAAAUAGAGGCGGCUUUAUGGGAUGAUAGGUGUUCUGAGUGUUUGAUAAAGAGAAGUAAAGGCGUAGUUGCUGUGGAGACGGUUAAGGUUUUCGUUAGAGAAGCUAAAGAGAGAAUUGGAUCUCCUUUUCUUGAUGUUGUGGCCGAAACUUACCAGUCUGAUGAGACAAUGAAGGCAUUUUUUGGAGGGGUGAACAAAGAAGGAACUUGCAGGAAAAAUGACAGAGAAGUGUCCAAUGGAAAUGCAUUGCGCAGGAAGAAGCAUGUUGCUUUCAAACGCACCAGAGGAGCAUCAGCUGGGAUGUGUGGAGGUGUCAGGAUCAGUGAUUCUAUUGAGUCAGAACUAGAGGCAUCUGGUGGACAGGAUGGUUUACUGCCUUCAGCUGAAAUCCAGAAAGCAGCGAAAGCACUUAAAUUGAGUUCAUUGGAGCUGCGUGCUAUGGUGAAGGAUCCUCUACCUGAUGCACUACGUCUUGCUGAGACUUUGUCUUCCACGGCAAGGGAUAAUAUGGGUCAUCAGCCUGCUGAAAAUAACAGUGGCAGAGCCCCUCCUCCAAUGGCCUCCAGUAGCAGAAUGGUUCAAGUUAGUGGGGAGAAAUGUGAGGCGCAGCAUAAUUGUCAUCAAAAUGCUGCAUCCAAGCCAGACCGAGUGAACCGACACAGUGCUGUCCAUCCAUUUGAGUGGGAUGAUUUCUUUGAUGAGGUAAAUGAAGGAUCACUAAGUGGCGCAAAUAGGGUUACAUUACCUAGCCCAAAGAGGACGAAAGUUUCUCCCCUGAAGAAGUAUGAAUUUAAAAAAAUCACCACGAGGAGAAAACCCAUGAAAUGGAGUACGUUGGAAGAAGACACUUUGAGAACUGGUGUACAGAAGUAUGGUUCUGGAAACUGGAAGGUCAUCUUAGAUACUUAUCGUGACAUAUUUUCAGUGAGGACAUCAGGUGACUUGAAGGACAAGUGGAGAAACAUGGUAUCAUAGAUAUUUAUUUUGAAGAAAUUUCGCUCGUAUGAGAGCCUUUUGUUUUCUUAAGCAGAGGUAUGGCCUUGUAUAUUUUUUGUAUCAUGUAAAUGUAAACCUGUCCCUGUGUAUCUUGUUUGAUGCAUAAAACUUCAGAUGAAUGCUGUUGUAUAU